UUGUCCUCAUUGUUAUCAUCGAGUAAAAGACAUGGAUCUCUUCUUCUCAUAUCUACUUUACCUUAUAGUACUCUCCACUAUAUCUCUUGGCAUAAUCUUCCUUGCUUAUCACCACAAAUCUUCCAAUUCAAAGCUUCCCCCUGGUAGAAAAGGCUGGCCCAUCAUCGGGGAAACAAUGCAGUUUGCCUUAGCAGCUCAAAGGGGAAAUCCAGAGAGGUUCAUAAAUGAUAGAAUGAACAAGUACUCCCCUGAAGUAUUCCGGAUCUCCUUGAUGGAAGAGAACAUGGCUGUGAUGUGUGGUGCACCAGGGAACAAGUUUUUCUUCUCCAAUGAGAAUAAGCUUGUCACCUCGUGGUGGCACCGCUCCAUGAAGAAGAUUUUGUACUUCCCCUCGCUUUUUGAUAACCCUGCAACACAAGAUCAGAUCAAAACUCCUAGCUUUCUUCCAGAAUUUCUCAAGCCAGAAGCUCUGAAACACUAUGUAGCCAUCAUGGAUUUGAUGGCAGGUAUGCACAUAGAUAUGGAUUGGGCUCCUUAUAGAGAAGUGAAGGUUUUUCCACUCGUAAAGAAGUAUGCCUUCGCAUUAUCUUGCCGGUUGUUUAUGAAGGUUGAUGAUCCUCAGUGUGUUGCCAGAAUUUCUCAUCCUUUCGAACUUAUUAUGGCUGGGUUCCUUUCUGUACCUUUAGAUAUUCCUGGUACAGCAUUCAACCGGGCUAUCAAAGCACGCAACAUCGUCCACAAAGAGCUUCUAGCAAUCAUCAACAAGAGGAAAAUGGAAUUAGGACAGAAAGGAAACUCAGCAGCCAGAGACUUUCUGUCCCACAUGCUUUUAGAAGCAAAUAAGAAUGGUGAGAUUAUGAGUGAAACGGAGAUCAGUACUCACCUUAUUUGUCUACUGCUGGCAACCCAUGACAGCACAAGUGCGGUUAUCACAUUUGUUCUCAAGUAUCUGGCAGAGUUUCCCAGUAUCUAUAAUGAAGUCUUUAAAGAACAAAUGGAGAUCGCAAAGGGCAAGGGCUCAGAAGAAUAUCUGAACUGGGAUGACAUUCAAAAGAUGAGAUAUUCUUGGAAUGUGGCAAAUGAAACAAUGAGGCUAACGCCACCUGUUCAAGGAGCCUUUAGGGAAGUCAUUAAAAACUUCACUUACGCAGGUUUUACUAUGCCAAAGGGAUGGAAGACACAUUGGAACGUGAAUACAACACACAGAAAUCCCAAAUACUUUCCAGAUCAUGAGAAAUUUGAUCCCUCAAGAUUUGAAGGAAGAGGACCUGAACCAUUCACUUUUGUACCCUUUGGGGGAGGACCUCGGAUGUGCCCAGGAAGGGAAUAUGCUCGAGCUCAAGUACUUGUUUUCAUACAUAAUAUUGUGACGAAAUUCAAAUGGGAGAGAGUAGAUCCAAACGAAAAGAUUUCUUAUAAUCCGUCUCCCAUUCCAGAAAAGGGCUUCCCUAUUUGCCUCCAGCCUCUAGAAAAUAUAUAUUGAUUUAGGACUUGAUAACGGAACCAUGUAAGAAUUAAGCUAUAUUUGUGGUGCAUUUUAAUGUUUCAAUAAUAUGGCUCCCAAUAUUGAUUUCA